AGUCUCCGAGGACGCGCAGGCUCCGCUCAGCAAGGAGACUGCCCCGCCCCCGGAUUGGUGCAAAGUAUGCGUCCCCGGGCCCUUCGGGGCGUGUCUGAGCUGUGCCUCUCCCCGGCGCCCCGAGAGCCUCUCGGAGGCCCCUCCUCUUCACUGAGCCCUGCCUCUCUUCCUAGCUACGUUGCUGCCCCCCGUUCUGGAUAAUGGCGACCACAGAGGUACUGAAUAUUGGUAAGAAACUGUAUGAGGGUAAAACAAAGGAAGUCUACGAAUGGUUAGAGAGUCCAGGAAAGGUCCUCCUGCAGUCCAAGGACCAAAUUACAGCAGGAAAUGCAGCCAGAAAGAAUCACCUGGAAGGAAAAGCUGCAAUCUCCAAUAAAAUCACCAGUUGUAUUUUCCAGUUGCUACAAGAAGCAGGUAUCAAAACUGCUUUCACCAGAAAAUGUGGGGAGACAGCUUUCAUUGCUCCAAGGUGUGAAAUGAUUCCAAUUGAAUGGGUUUGUAGGAGAAUUGCAACUGGUUCUUUUCUCAAGAGAAAUCCUGGUGUCAAGGAAGGAUAUAAAUUUUACCCACCUAAAGUGGAAUUGUUUUUCAAGGAUGAUGCCAAUAAUGAUCCACAGUGGUCUGAAGAACAGCUAAUUGCUGCAAAAUUUUCUUUUGCUGGACUUCUUAUAGGCCCAACUGAAGUAGACAUCAUGAGUCAUGCUACACAAGCCAUUUUUGAAAUACUAGAGAAAUCCUGGUUGCCCCAGAACUGUACAUUGGUUGAUAUGAAGAUUGAAUUUGGUGUUGAUGUAAUCACCAAAGAAAUUGUUCUGGCUGAUGUUAUUGAUAAUGAUUCCUGGAGACUCUGGCCAUCAGGAGAUCGAAGCCAACAGAAAGACAAACAGACAUACCGUGAUCUGAAGGAAGUAACUCCUGAAGGGCUCCAGAUGGUGAAGAAAAAUUUUGAGUGGGUUGCUGACAGAGUGGAGUUGCUUCUAAAGUCAGAAAGUCAGUGCAGAGUUGUGGUAUUGAUGGGCUCAACCUCUGAUCUUGGUCACUGUGAAAAAAUCAAGAAGGCUUGUGAAAAUUUUGGCAUUCCAUGUGAACUUCGGGUAACAUCUGCCCAUAAGGGACCAGAUGAAACUCUAAGAAUUAAAGCUGAAUAUGAAGGAGAUGGCAUUCCUACUGUUUUUGUGGCAGUGGCUGGGAGAAGCAAUGGUUUAGGACCAGUGAUGUCUGGUAACACUGCAUACCCAGUCAUCAACUGCCCUCCCCUUACUCCAGACUGGGGAGCCCAGGAUGUAUGGUCUUCUCUUCGACUACCCAGUGGUCUUGGCUGUUCAACCAUUCUUUCUCCAGAAGGGUCUGCUCAGUUUGCUGCUCAGAUAUUUGGAAUGAGCAACCAUUUGAUAUGGGCUAAAUUGCGAGCAAAUAUAUUGAACACGUGGAUCUUCUUGAAGCAGGCUGACAAGAAAAUUAGAGAAAGCAAUUGAAAGAGCAUCAUUGCAUUUUUAGGCAAAAAAGUAUAAAUUUCUAGUAGAUAAAAAAAAUAAAUCUCUUCCCAUUACGUAGUCAUUGUUGGAUCUAUAAUAUGGAUACAUUUCUAAAAUGCUAAUAAGGUUGUUAAAGAGCUCUGAAGUUAAUACUAAUUUUUUUCUCCUUACCAGAGUACUGCUCAGCUCUGGUGUAGGGGAUUGAACCUAGGUCCUAUCUACCCUAAUUAAAGUUACUACUAUUAUCUCAAUCUACAAGCCACAAGUAAGCUUUAGAAAGUUACAGUAAUUGUAUACCAGACUGGUGGGAGCAGUGUUUCCUUCCUUCCUCUUCUUUCUUUUUCUCCUUUACUACACCAUUGCUUAGCUCUGUUUAUGGUGGGGCUGGGGAUUGAACAUAAGACCUUUGUUACCUCAGACAUGAAAGUCUUAUUGACUAACCAUUAUACUCUUUCCCCUGUGUGCUUUCCUCUUAUACACUAUAAUCUUUAUAAAAUUAUAAGGGCUAUGUAUGGUGUGGUUUCUGUUUGUUUUGGUUUUUCAAUACUAAUAAUCCUCAACUUGUCAACAUUUACAGAAAUUGCAGUCUCCCAGUUAGAUAACUAAUUUUUGUUAAAUGUGGGCAGUGGCUCAGAAAGAUUCACUGACAGAGCAGUUGCUACUAAGAAGAACUGAUGGGGUGUUGGUAAAGUCAUGCAUUUUUGCAUAGAGUAAAAUACAUGGCAUUUCUAACACCCCAGUAUUAUAAUUCAUCAGUAUAGAGAACACUUAAGAUUUUGGAGCCCUGGCUAUAAGCCCGUAAAGAUAGCGCAUAAAAUAUGCUCAUUUUUAUGAAAGGAAGCAAUUAUGGUUUUUAGUUGAAAGAUCUAAGAGUUUCUACUGACAAAAUCUGGCCAUUGGUUUGUCAUCUGUACCAAAGCUACCUGAUUAUCAUUUUAGGGUAUUUAUAUUUUCUAUGGGCUUGUAGCUAAACGAAAAGUAGAAGACAUACUCCGUACAAGUAAUAGUAUUUAAAAAUUUGUGUCAUUAAGAUACACUUAACAAUGUUGAUUUACUAUCUUCUGUAAUUUACAAGUAAAUAAAUAAGCUUAAUAAGCCCUUGUGUAAAGGAUUA